GUGAGCUGUGAUUGGUCACAGCUUGUCACAUGGUACAAUGCUGUUGUGAAUAGCCUUGUACCAUGUGAUCUCUGUGAUCAUUCACAGAUUUCACACAUAGUAAGCAAUGAUGUCAGGAAGUGACAUCUUGCUUACACCUAUUCAUAUGAUCACUGAUUGGCCAAUCAGUGAUCCCAUGAUCGGGACCUCACACAGAGGUCCCGUACAGCGACCUCAGCGUACAGCGGGCACCAGAUCGCGGUGCCGUGCGCUCCCACUUUAAGGCUAGCCAUACAUUAUACAAUUGUUCUUAUUUAACCACUUCAAUUUCCUUUAGAUUUACCUUCAACUAUGUAGUAGAAGGGUCUGCCUGA